GUGUGUCGGCGGCGCGCGUUCGCAAGACGUGUCAGUCGCGUUCCGAAUUUCAAAUUUCGAACGCUUUCGAUCGCGGCGCUUUACGAACUGUUACCGCGCGGACUAUUUUGUGUUUGGACGAUAGUUCUGUUUUGUGUUGUUGUUUUGAGUGUUUCUUUUUAUAAUAUAUUUCAAUUUUUUUUUUAAUUAGAACUCUGACUACGGAAAUAUAUUUUGUGACGGAAUAAUGCCAAAGAAUAUAAGUAACCGGACGAUUGAACGGGUUCAUUUGUAAUACCUGAUUGUUUUCUUUUUAAUUUGUUUGUUUGAUUUUUUUUAUCGUCGUAUGCAGACUAUUUCUAAUGUCACAAGCAGCGAGAAGAACAAUGAUAGCGCACCUGAAGAAACAUGUCAUCUAAACGAAAAUCUCCACCUUCAAAAUUGCAAGAGGGAGCUACAGAAGAGAAGCAGCAACCGGGGCCGGCGCACGACUUCGAACAGGAAUCGGACGAUAACGACCAACAGAUAUACGACAAGUUCUCACCGACCUGUUCCACCAGGAGUUCAAUUAGUGAGGAGGAACCAAACUUCGAAGACGAACGGCCAUCUAAGAAGCAACGUUUCGACUCAUUAGAAAUGACCAACAAUCUUCUAGUCCCAUCGUCUUUCUUAAACUUACACCAAGUAGACUUGCAGCCUCGGAGACGGGGCUCUUCCGAAUGCAGCAGUCCUGGCACCGAGCCUAAGGUCUUGGGUCUUUGCAAUAAUAACAAUUCAUUGCUGAACCACAACAGCGCGUUGUCGCUCGCUCCGCCUCACAAGCGGUCGAUGGAUGACGUCCUGAAGAGAUUAACGUCUAAAAUGAACAAUAGCACUAUCAAAGAAGAGAAGAGGCCAACUCCUUCUACCACGCCCGUCAACAAACAGAACAUGGAUAGAAGAGGGAUGCUGGACGCGGCGGCUCUCCAAGCGUUAGCCGGAGAAAGCGUCCUGGAGAAAGAGAGACAGCUGUCAGAGAUGAUACUCCAGCUGCAGAUGGUGAGGGAACAACUGCUGGCGCAGCAGGAACACGCUAAGAAUAUGGGCAAUGUGACCGCUGAAUUAGAGCUCCAGAGACUCCAACAGGAACAGCUUCGGCGGCAAGAAAUGGUGCGACGUGGUCAGCACGGCUUAUACCCUGGACCGCCGUUGGCUCUCCUGCCGCUGCUGGAACAGAUGCGCCCACAGCAACCUCCGCCACCCAAUGUUUCAUCCCCGUGGCCUGCUACUGCACAGCUGGCACAACUGACGGCGAGUGCUCGUUCCCCUCCUCCUCCCGACCCGGACGCCCCCCUCAACCUGAGCAAGCAGCGGUCACCGUCGCCCGCGCAACCAUCCAUGAUGCUGCCCAGAUUCGUGCCAUACCCACCUAUUGACGAGAGUCCUCAGUACAGCAUCGCUAAAGAGGACGAAUACAAUGCUUCUGUUAAUGCUUCAUGGACUCAAUCUCCGCAAGAAGAAGUGGAUAAAGCUAAAUUGGUGCGUCAGCCACGCCGCGACGAUGCUGGGAAACCACACAUCAAGAGACCAAUGAACGCUUUCAUGGUGUGGGCUAAAGACGAACGCAGGAAGAUCUUGAAGGCCUGUCCGGACAUGCACAACUCCAACAUAUCCAAGAUCUUGGGCGCCAGGUGGAAGGCCAUGUCGAACGCCGAGAAGCAACCUUAUUACGAGGAGCAAUCGAGGCUGUCCAAACUGCACAUGGAGAAACACCCUGAUUACAGAUACCGACCGCGACCAAAGAGGACUUGCAUAGUAGACGGCAAGAAGAUGCGUAUAUCAGAAUACAAGAACCUGAUGCGCUCACGCAGACAGGAGAUGAGGCAGCUCUGGUGCCGGGAUGGGGGCAGCGAGCUUGGUUUCCUACCCACACUGCCCUCUCCGGGCCCAUCUAACUCAUCCCCUCCACCUAACGGAGGCAGCUACAUGAACCCUUCGUUCUCACCGCCACUGUCGCCGCGUGAGGACGAUUGAGGGUCGGCGCGCGGCUGGCCGUACCCGCACGCCGCGCCCCUGUCUCUCCCCCCCUCACACCAUCCUUGGUAAGCUCUAGAUGCUUCUAAAACGUCUACUCGCUCCUACACACUAUAUCGAUUUGCCCAAGCUCCAGAUGUUGCAACAUUCUGGUCAAAUACAUUAAAACGAAUACCCGUCACUAUUAUAUCAGAAAUUUCUAUGUAUUUUUCUCAGUGACGAUUUCGUAUUAUAAACAAUAUGUACUCAAAGUAAAUCCUAUGUACACUCAUAUCAAGAAGGAUGUCAUACUUUUUGUCAUUAGAAUGUUAAGAUUUUUGUGUAUACUGUUGCUGAGUGAUCAUAGAUGACGGAGCACGUUUAAUAAUGUAUUUUAUAAUUAUUGUGCCAGUGUCUAAAUUGGAUCUCUCAUUUAUGAUACCAACAUUUUGUAUUAUGAGAUUAUUCCAUUAGUGAUAAUUUAAGGAAAUCUUAAGUAUGGACAACUGUAUCAUCUAUAAUAUCGUAGUAUUGUUAAGGCGUAACUAUGCGCCACUUUUAGUGAAAUUGCUAUGUACAUUUUAAAAGUAAUAACUACCGUGAAGCGAAAGCUUUAUUACGUUAUGUUUGUUUAUAUUAUUAUUGAUAAUAACCCUUUUUUGCACUUAAAAUAAUACACAGUUAACAGGAACCAAUAUUACUUAAGAGAUCAAAUAAAAGGUAAAUUAAUAUUUUUCAACAGUGAAUAGCUUUACACCCUGGUGAAAGGAAAAUUAAUAAUUACUUUUUGAUAUAUCACAGUUCGAAAUGCGAACUAUCACAUCACAAAAUACUUUUUUAAUGCAUAAAUAAAAAACUAGUACAGAGGAAUAGUAUGGAGUAUAUGUGAGUUUAUAACUUCCUAUCUAUUAAAUUUUAUUAUAACUGUCAAUAUCUGCACUCGACUGUACACAAGUCGCAAAUCUGUUUUAUUUUUUCUUUUUUUGGUGUCUCUUUAAAAUUGUACCAUUUGGCAUUUUUCUGAAGUGCAUAUUUAUCAUAUUAAACC